AUGUAUAAAGAUUCGGCCAUCCAGUCGGCCGUUCAAUUUGGGAAUUUCCGCAACGCGUUGACUCUCGUUGCCAAGAAAAUCCAAAAGUAUCCUAACAGUUCCUAUUUCUAUGCUCUUGAGGCUCAUAUAUUGGCUCUAUCUGGCAAACGACAGGAAGCUGAAACAAAAGCCAAUGAUCUGUUGUCCAAGUUCCCCAGUGAUCCAGAUACCUUGAAACUGUUGUCUGAGACAUUUGAGAUCUGCGAGGCUCCACAGGACGUUUUUGAUAAGGUGUGCAAGAAGUACCCAACAGCAGACCUCGUUUACGAGUACUUCUCCUACAGUGUAACCAGGGGAGACGUUUUGGGUAUGCAGAAAUCUUCAAUGCUGUUGACGCGGGCGAUCUCGUCGUCCAAACAAACAGUUGACCCGCAACUGUUCAAGUUUUGGGCAGCCGUGUGUUUGAUGCUUGUUUGUCGUUGCACCAUUCUGGCUCCUUCGUUCCUUAAGCUCUAUCCACAGCUGGGUCUGAGACUCAUGGAGCAGGUCGGAUUGGACGAUGCGCAGAAAGUCUACGUUUACGUGAGACUUUUGCAGCUUUCUGGCCGGCACGACGACAGUUUGGCCGAAAUGGAGAAGUUCCUGGAGAAAGAAAACGAUCUGGAGCUCAAGAUCAUUUACCUCGACACUUUAAAGGAUCAAGGACAUUCCGCAAAACUAUACGACGUGUGCAAACGAUACCUUAUUGAACUGAAGGAGGACGAUUGGGACACUUGGAAACUGCUGAUUCAGGCCGCAAAGGCAACAGAACAGCUCGACGAAUGCAGAGAAUUGGUCAAAACUUACUCCUCGCGAAACACCAAGCUGGCGGCCAUCGAGCUGAAUGAGUCUGGCUCGGUUGAGCAGUACUUAGAGUCGUUCGGGACCAAGCUCUGCUGUUUUACCGACCUCAAGUCGGUCCUGAGUCCUGAGCUCAGAGAACAGCAAUAUCUCCAGCGCAAGUUCGACCAGCUUCUAAACACAACCAAGCCGACCUCGGCAGACGUGAUCUUCCUGGUCAACUAUAUGAAGUUCAAAGCGCUCGAUUCACGAGAUGAUCACUUUGUUGCCGAGUGUUGUCGGCUGUACUCGCUUACAAACUUCCAUUUGGACAUUCUGGAAGACUUUGACUACUUCCCUGGUUUCGAGUUUUUGAUCCUGGCUGUUGAGACUAUCCUAGAACAAUCUGAGUUCGACCUCAAACUGGUGUAUUCCUUGAUUGUGCUUCUGGAAGACGCUCUCUCAAGAAACAAAUACGAGUUCCAUCUCAAGCUGUGGCUUAUCAGACUCUACACUAUUGCCAACCUGCAAUCAGCAGCGGAUACUCUCUACAAAUCGCUGAAAAUCAAGUUUGUCCAGCAUGACACUUUGUCGCACUACAUCAGCACCAGACGUGCAAUUGCUCCUGGUUUGCUGGAGACAGUUUCGCAGUUUUAUCCGCAGAACGUUGAGAGAGAAGUUCCAGCCAUGAUCAUUGCCGGCUUCCAAAGCAAGGCUAUGAAUAAGCUGCAAGGGUUCAUCGAGUUCCAGUCUAGACUCACAAACUCAUUCGCAAAAUUCACCACAUCUCUGGAGCUGUUGAGAGCGUACAGAAUCAAGGACGACCAGAAACAGGUGGACAAACAGGUGGUAAUUUUGCGCUCGUACCAAAAACAACUGGUUAGUGACAACAGAGACUUCAAAACGUUUUGGGAUUGUGGAGUCCACGAACGGAUAGACAAAAUUGAAGACAAGCUGCCAGGCUACUAUUCCACAAAACACUUGCAACUGAUGGUGCUCAGAGAGCUCAUCAUUUACGACUCUCUCUCGAAACAUCACCAGUCGAGAGUCAAGGAGCUCACAGACCUUUACAACGAGCUUGAACUGUCGCCGAUAGAUAAAUGGAGCUAUUCAGUGUUGUUGGAGUAUCUUCAUGGCAGUCCAGCAUUGGAACUGCCACCAAAACCUCAGUCCAUGCUUCUAUCUGAGUUCAACUACUACUUCACCGUUGUGGUGGACACUUACAAGCAGAUGGUGUUCCUGCAACAGAACACCAACAAACUCAAGUCGUUGCUGACCACGUUUCGCAACGAAAACAGAGAGUUCAAGUCGUUGGCCAGAAAACAGCUUGAAGACACUAAAAAACAGGUCCAAUCGUUUUUCAAAACUACAGGCAAGCCGUUCAAAGUUACCGAGAACUCCAUCAGCCAGACGUUCGCCCAAAUGAGACAGGAUCUGGACGGCUCCAUAGCAUAUCUGCAAGGAAUAUAG